AUACGAGUUAGCUGACUCCAGAAUGUGAUCAGAGCACCAACGAUAUAUGACUUCAAUAGACAUUUCGUGCCGAGGAGCCAGACACAAUGCUUCUGGCUUCACUGAUCUUCCUGGUCGGAUUGGCAGUGUUCGCCGCCGCGACCGGGACUGUGAUCUACAGGUUGAUCCUGUUCCUGAUAACUCGGUACAUUCAACGCAAGCUCAACGUCAAAGUUCGGAUCGGGCGACUAAAAUUCUUCAAGUUCUUCUUCAUACAGGAUCUCUAUGUCCAAUUGGAGAAUGGGACGGUCCUGCAAGCCGAGCGGAUGUGGGUUUCGUCCUGCAUUUUUUCCAACGAUUAUUCAUCACUCGUGGCCGUCUGUUUCUCAGACGUUCGCCUACAGCUGAACUUCGACAGUUUACUUGAAGAAUCGGAAAACCCGGAAGAUGAUCGCGAGUCGCACGACUCCAAUUCUGUGAACAAUCAGGACUCGCAAGGGAAGCUGCCGUCUAACAUAAUCACAGCCCUCAAGAAUAUUUCGUUGCACCUGUACAACGUUGAUAUUAUGCAAUUGGAUGGUGGAAACGACUCUCUAGUGCACACGACGUUCAAGGAGCUCACCUUAUUCGCCUACGCAAAGAACAAGGAAUCCUGUUCGAUAAACUUCAGCGUGAAGUCUGCCGCUCUCCGGAUUUUCAAACAACCGGAUAAAAAGCGUGAUACUUGUCUCGCCAAUGCGUACGUCGAUGCCGAGUGCAGACUUUCAAUACUUCUGGGGUCCCCGUUCCUUUUAAAAUCUCUGGAAGUUGACAUCCGGAACCCCGUACUGACCAUAAGCGAAAACCUGCAAAUUCAUAAGAUCUUCCGCCAAGCGUCUCCCACUCGGAGAUCUUCCGAGCCUGCGGAUGAUUCAAAGAGGGCGCGCCUCCGGCGUCACAUGCUGCGUCUGCCGCGAAAGGUGAACUUUUCGCUGAGUUCAUUGAGUUUCAAAGUGAUGAAAGAAAAUUGGAUGCCUGGUCUGUCAUUCGAACUGGAUCAGCUGACGAGUUCGUUGUGCAAUGACAGUGGAGCCGUCUGCAACAUCGUCCUGAAAGACGCAAGCUUCAGUUCAGAGGCGACGAGGAUGGCGAGUCUGGCCCUAGUCGAGAUGGAGACAACUCUGGAGAAUUAUUGUGAUCUCUCGGUAGCUUUGAAAGUGCAAUCAUUCUACGCAAACUAUAACAAGGACGAAAUGCAUUAUUGGGUCGGAUGGGCUACUGCCCAGAGAACGGAGCAGCUCGCGAAAGGUGGACAAGACCCGCAUUCUGUGAAUCCGACCAAAACUGAAUGGAAAGAGGACGAUUUCCUGCUCCGCACGGUGAACGUCUCUCUCCAAGUUUGUGAUCUCAUGACCUCUCUGAAGCCUGGCGAGGCUCAGGUGAAGGCCCCGAAGCUCAACGCUGGCGUAUCGAGAUUCACUGUGGAACUUGAUCUUCAGCGAGACCUGAGCGGACGGUGGGAGACCAACGCAGAAGUGAUGAUGGCGACCGGUGUAUGCGCUAUCGGCUCGUUCCCUUCGAUACAGGCAUCAACGUUGAAGAAGUUCCAUGCCUGGAAAAUGCCUCUAGCUUUUGGGAUGUGCGUUGUUCAGGUGAAAGACUCCGCCAAGAAGUUCCAACUCGAAGGCUCGACCAAUGACAUACAUAUCGAAACUACGCCUGCACUCCUGGAAUUGCUCCAGAUCCUACGACAGAAAGAGAAAGAAACAUCCAAGCGAGAUGUUGAGCUUGAUCCACCGAGGGAUACGAAGAAGAAAACUCGUAUUGAUCUGACAUUCACGAACGCCAACAUCUUCGCUGCAAACUCCGUGAACCACUACGUCGCUUUGCGUAUGGAUACAUUGAAGAUUGCCGCGGACAAGAUCUCGAUCAAGUGCCUUGCAGAAGAGAGCUCAUUGAAAGUCGUUGAGAACGAGGGACCUUAUUAUCAGGUUCUGCCGGCGAAACUGAUGGCGAACAGAAACGCUUACGUGAAAACGAUGAUUUUCCGAUGGAAGGCCGAGGAAAUAUCGCUGGAAUUCGCAGAGCUGUCAAGGUUGUGGUGGACCACAACAGCCUAUCUCCACGUGAUCACGCUUAUCAACGACACGAGAUCCAUUCUGAGGAACGGCGCAGCCCCGUCGGAUAGUGCGGCUCCCCGAGAGAAAUCAAGAACUACGAUUCCCGCUUUCCAGAACUUCAAGCUGGCAUUCCGCGGAGACUCUGUUCUCGAGUUCCGAUUGAGCGCCAAGCAUAGCAUGUAUUUCAUCGGGAACGAUUUCGUCUGGAAACGCAGACCGAACGAGGCGAAAAUUUCCAGCGACAAGUUGAUUUGUCGUUUUGAUGAACACGAAAUAUUCACCUUCGAGAAGAUAGAGUAUGCUCUCAACUCGAUCAGCGAGGAAAGUCGCGUUCUCCGUAAACACUUCAGGGACUCGGGGGCACUCGAGCAAGAGGAAAAUAGGAGGUGGCAGUUGUCCUUCGGACAUAUCGGAAUCGACUUCCCUCACGAUUACAACUUCGCCGAGGCUUUCAGCGAAGAUUUCAUAAGCUGCUUCAAAUGGAUGAAGCUGGUUCACGGCAAAAAGAAAUCACCGUUCACAUCAGAAUCACCGCUCCCCGCUGAUCUCACCAUACGCGCAAAAUCAAUAACUCUAGAAAUACAGGACGAUCCAUUCGAAGUUAAACUUCGGCAGAACUACCAGCUGCUGGAAGAUGAAUAUUUCGAAAGCUGUAAGAGGAGACACGCUCUGGAUUUGAAAAUAGACGAAUUCCGGAAAUCGAAUUUGCUUAUGACCGAAGCUACAAUUGGAGAGCUCUAUCAAGCCCUAGACAAGAUGAACGUCGACCAAUACAUCAAAAGAUCACGCCAAUUAUACGAAAGCUCUCGACAGUCCCUGAUCAGAUGGGUUUUGAGCGAUUUGGAAUUCUCUGCGAUGGCUGACCCCAGUUUCCAUGGUAUGGAAAAAUGCGUCGCCUUGAUAAAACAGUUGAAUCCGAAUAGCCCUCUGCCCGAAGACACCGAGUUUGCAACCCUGUGGUGUCGUGUUGUGAGCGGUAGCUGUCAGAGCAUCGAGUGUUCUCUACGUGAUUUCCCCAAGAAGUUCGUCGAGGUCGACGAUUUCUAUUGGUUCGGGAAACUCGUGGGCGCCGAGCAAGAAGGAACGGCGCGUGCCAAGAGAACUUGCAUUGUUGAACUGAAUGCACCGUUUGAGAAUCGGAUCAUCGAACGAAACAUGCCGCCGCUCAAAUUUUUCUACGACAUGACUUUCGACCUCAAUACGUAUACGUGGGUCUACGGAAGCUGUUGGGAACCCAUUCUUGCUCAGGUGAAUUUGGCUCUGGACCUGAUUAACAAGCCGUCAACGGAUCCGUCUCCGCCUCUCCCAUGGUGGGAUAAAGCUAGGCUCCUGACCCACGGCAAGUUAACCGUGUCCGGCCACAGGCUUUCCUAUCUUCAGCACGCCUCGCUGAAUCCUUAUAACUGUACGGAAAUGCUGGACACUACUUGGACCAAUGCUAUGGUUUACUGGCACAAUGGACGCAUAAUCUGUCAAGGAAACCUGGAUCAGAUGAUUUACACCGCCAGUAGAUAUCACGCGAGUCAUCUCCUGCAUUUCCCGAAUCUUAAACUAUCAGUUAAAUUGACUUGGCGUUGUCUAGCCAAUCCAUUCGACCACCAUUCUAUGAUGCCGUGCGCGACGGACAAACUUCCAGAGUACUCCAUCCAUCAACGACAUGAUUCAUACCGAGCCUUCCGAUCCACGAGCGUAGACAUGAGCGUUUCUCUCGAAACGAGAACCGCUGCCAAUGGUACGGACGGCGAAGAUGAUCCCAACGACACGCCUCGACUCCUGCUUUACAGUGCCACUAUUCGGUGGUUGGAGAACUUCAAAUCUAUAGUGGCAGGGCUGGCGAAGCUCACGCGGCGCGGAAAGCUCUUCGGCAAUACGAGGCCGCGUAAGACCCAGCUCUCCAAACAUUUUCAUAAUGUCACCCUCACCAUCUCCCUUCAUCGCUUCCAAGUCUCUUGCUGGACGAGUUUGGCCAAACACGAUGGCUUCGAGUUAGACAGCGGUCGCUUCCAGUUGAGUUGCGAACAUAACCUGACGAUGUUGGCCGUACGCAACGAUUUCAAUCAAAUGAGUGGACCGAUUGUGUUUCUAUUUGACAAUAUAAGGCAAAAGCCCAGUUGGAGCACUGUCUACAUGAACUGUGAGCUCAGCGAUUGCAGCCAUAUUUGGUUGUAUCAUAUGGACGAGGGUAACGAAGAAGCUCUGAAAAGAUAUUUCCUGAGCGUCGCUUGCGUUUCCUACGGAAGAGAAACAAAGCUGCACAAUGUCCCUGAGUCGCUUGCGGACGAAACGCCUCUGCAUAGGCUGGCAGUUCAUGGUCUCAAGGGCGCUUGGACGAAACACAACCGAGACGUAGUUUUCGGGUUGUUCGACACCUUCAUAAAUGCCGUCAAUCUGCGACGAAACAUGACGAACGAGGCUCUGAAGCCAUUCAAGAUGGAGCAAGCGAACAAGAGCGGUCGGAAAGUUUCGUCGCCUUCCACCACCCCAAACUUGGGAGGGAGUUCAAUGGCGAAUGCCAGCGCGAACAGAUCGUCGUCAUCCAAAGCUUUCUCCAUGCUGGAAAAAUUGAUCGCCGAAUCAGUUGAUCACAAUCUGGUAUUCACGGAGUCGGUCGAUACCCCUGAACCAGUUAACCUCACAGGUGUCAAAGAAUGUCAACUCGACGAUGUCCUAUGCCAUAACUGGCUCAUCGAACUACGCAAUUCUCAGGUGAUGCUCCGAGGCUGUGAUUCCCCAGGAUACGUUAUUUUGAGCGCUGCAAAAGCUCAAAUCCUUCAAAGAAUUCAUACACCUGUGUGGAAAGACAACAAUCUUGUACCGAAAACGACCUGGAAGGGUACUUUGGACUGUAUGCAAUACUAUGCCACGGUCGAAAACGUCGGCAGUACCGAGGACGACGUACAGUGGCUGACGACGGAGAACAUCGAAGCUCGUGAGACAGAUAUAACCGAUUACGCCGAUAUAGUCGGGUCAGGUCACAGCGUCGGAGGAGUCGUAUCCGCCGAUGUUGGCGGCGGAGAAGGCGGCGAGGAGCGGAAAGCUCAGCUGCAGAGAAUAAUUUCGCGCUGCGGAUGCCAAUUCUUUUACGCAAGCUUCGGCGAGCAGGGAAUCGAUCCCGCGACCCUCGAAGAAGUGCCACCUCUGCCCGAUGAGAAGGAUCCCGACGAUCCUUGGGAACACGAGGUGGCCGUCGACUCCUUCACGCUCAUCCACCACGACCUCCAGGUCUGUACGAAUCCACUGCAGUAUUCGAUGAUUCUCGACCUCGUGAACAACCUAUUACUCUACGUUGAGCCUCGGAGGAAAGAGGCGAACGAACGUCUCCAACGAAUGCGCUUCGAACUCCAACUCGAACAAGACAAAGAUCAGAGGGGUCCCAUCAUCAGUCUGCAAAACAAGGCGAGAGAGCUGAUUGCCCUGCACAAAGAGCUCGAGAAGAAAGCCUUCGCAACACAGAGAAGACUCGAAACCAGUCCUGAAGACGAAGAAUUGAUAGAGAGGCUCGCCAUGCUAGAGCAGGAGAUUCUUGUCAAGAAGAAACAGCUACAUCUAACGAGCGAAGAUCUCACUCUCAUGGUGAACUGUUAUCGAGAAACUCAAGUUGCCGCUUGGAAAUCCCAGCGACAGUUGUUGGAGCACACCAAAAUAUCGACCGUUCGUCGGAGUGAGGUGUCUUUCAAGCAUGCCCUAUGGAAGUUGACCGAUGAGGACGGUCAACUCGGCAUUGCGGAAAUCGUUCUGAGCAAUUUCCUGUAUUCUCGGACAACGAAAUCAACCGACUCCGUUGAGCAUCUACUCGAACUCGGCAACAUGAAGGUGACUAACGAAACUCCUACCGACGUCUACCGAGACGUUCUGCAACCAACCGAAGCUCCGUCACACGUACCCGUCGAGCGGCAGCGAGCGCUGCGCAUCUUCUGUCGAGUACGCGCACCAGUCGGAGGGAUUUCCGUGAAAGAACAUCUGGAGGUCAACAUCGUCCCUAUAAGCAUAUGCCUGACGUCUGCACUCUCCCGAAAGCUGCUGACAUUCUUCUUCUCGAGGAAAGAAGCAGAGAAAGCUGUCGACGGGGAUGAUGUACCCGUGCAACCGAAAGAAAACCCGCGCAAAAAGGAUCGCCGACGGGGGGAUCGGAAUCCGGUCGGGCACGACGACAUUGAGAAGAUGAAAGAGAGAGCCGCGAAUAACCAGACAUUCCUGUACAUAAAAAUACCAGAGGUCCCAAUGAGGCUUACCUACAAGAGCGAGAAGGAAAAGAAAGAUCUUAUAAGAGACUUGAUCGACUACUCUCUCGUGCUGCCGACCAUCGAACUGCACAAUAAAACCUGCACUUGGCUCGAUCUCUUGAUCAUCAUCAAAAUCAACGCUCGUCAAUCGCUGCUGUCGCAGGCUAUCAGGCAGAAGCUCCUGAUUAAGUCAACAACGACGACAACGGCAAGCAUCUCCCUGGCGGAGAGCGCUUCGGGCAACGGUGGGAAGCCGGAGGUGAAAUCAGAAGUCAGUGACGAGCAGCGUCGGAUCCUGCUGUUCGGGAAUAGGGUCCAACCCGAGACGAAGAAAGAAAAACGAUUGUUUUUCAAAUGAGGGUCGUCUCGAAGUGAAGAUACUGACAACGUUCCUUGGUGUAGCUGCACACGCUUCGAAGGAUCUCGACGAUCCCCCUCGAACGUUACAUUGACUACCAGCGAGAUUGUGAUAGCUCUGGCGGAGUCCAGGAACCAAUCACCAUAACAAGUCGCCGAGAUGCACACCGCGGAACCAUGCCGGCGAGACAAAGAGAUCGUCUUUCCAUCU